GUAGACAGUUGCGCGCCAGCCGCCAUACCGUUCACACCGACUCUCCGUCCCUCGUCUUCACUGGACCUCCGCGACUGCUCGCUGGAACGUUCGCCCCACAGAGUUCUUCAAAGUGGUAGUGAUCGCACAGUGGCUAUAGUUGCUGGAGCCUACAUCACAGUGCUCAGUGGAUUAUACUUUUCUUCUUGUUGUGCUUAAACAAGAUUAUUUGUCGAAAUGCCAAUGGAGUGUAAUCAUAUAUGGAUUCCGAGAAUGUGGUGGAGGUGAAAAAACAUCAGUGUUCUCAAAGCUCGUGUGGUGACAUCGAGCUCGGUUUAACUAUCGUCUCAGUUUUAUAAAGGCCUUUGACCUUGAAUAUACUUUCCAAGCGAGGCGUUGGCUGCAUGUUACAUCUCGCUGGUCAAGUGUUGGUCAACGUGAAGUGACCUAAUCUGACCCUCGGCUGACCUCUCACGUCGGAAAGUUGUGACCCAAGAAGGCUGAAUGCGAGCCAUGACGGAUCUGGAUACCCCCGGCGCUGUCGUCUGGCCCAAGUGGUGCUAUUCCAGUAAGUCGGCUUGGUACCACUCCCGUAACCAAGCGGAGAGCGAGGGCGUCCAGGACCUGGCGCUCAACAACAACAACACGCCGCUCACCAAAGACAAAGAACACGCUGCUAUCGCUGCUGCCAACGCCGCGGCUGCCGCAGCUUACGGCGUCAAGGGCCGCAAGAAGGUCCGGCGCGAGGUGCCCAACGGCAUCCGCGCUGAUGAUAAAAUGCCCUCAGAGUCCACUAACGACGUCAAAUCUGAGAGGCUGUCGCCCGAUCCUGGCAGCGACGCUCCCACAGCUGCUCACGCUACGCCCAGCCCUUCCGUGUCUCCCAAGUCGCCCGCGUCCCACCGCACCCGCACGCCGUCCUUCCCCGGCACGCCCCCCAACCCCGCGUUCACGCCGCCCUCCGCCAUACCCGCCGCUUACGACCGAUUCAGUCCGGCAGCGCUCGGGGGCGUAGGUGCCCUCCCCGGCGGCCCCGGUGCCAUCAAGCCCAUGGAGUCUCUCAUGAACAGAAACUGCUCUGACCUCAUCAGAUCACUAGCAGCAAAGUACAACAACAGCAAUCCCAACGAUUACUUCAGCAGUCCAAACAACGGGUUCCUACGUCAUCCUUUAGGAAGCCUCGCCGGCUACAAGCACGGAUCCGCACCCUUCCUCGGGGGCGUUCCUACUCCACCCACCACGUCUUCCUCCGUUAAAGAUACUGACAAAAAGGUGGACCCAGUGCCAGUCACGUCGGCGGCGGGCCUUGGCCCUAUGCCUCCCCACCCCGGAGCGUCUCCGAUGUUCCCCGGCGCGGGCCUUCCGGGCUUCCCAGGGUUCCCUCUCGUAGACAUGUCCUCCACUCAGGUCCUUCUCAACAUGGUGCGCAACGCAUCAGCUGCGCAGCAGUCACAGUUGGAAAAUUACCUGCGUGGCGCUAUGAAGAGGCCAGCAGACGCCCCUACCUCCCCUCUUGAUCUCUCCGCGUCCGUCGCCACGAAGAGACCGAGGACGGAAACUUCUAAACCUUUCGAUGUGAAAAGCCUGUUCAGUUUGCCACACGAAGAGGAGAAGAAGGCAGAAGCCAAGGUGCUAACCAACAGGUCACCCACACCGCCUAAGCCUCGGCCUACGCCCUCGCCUGGCACGCACAAGCCGCCCACCCCGUGCUCCGACAAGAACUGCCCAAGUCUGGAGUCCAUCGGUCACUGGACGGUCGAUGACGUCUGCUCUUUCGUCGGGAGCAUAGAGCUGUGCGCCGAAUAUGUUGAGGCGUUCCGUGAGCAGCGAAUCGACGGGUCUGCCCUACCGCUACUGACGGAGGAGCAUCUUACUUCUAGCAUCAACAUGAAGCUUGGUCCCGCUCUCAAGCUGCGUUCGGUGUUAGCACGACGCUUAGGUGCUUGCAAUGUGUGUCUUCACUGCGACCACUGCCACACGCAGAGUCAGGAGCGACGGCCGGCAUCAGCUUCGUCAGGGCAGUAGUCAAGCCCCAUCCUGGCACGACACACUGACGCCCAGACUAAAUCCCUAUGGGCAUCCAUAUAUUGCCUCGAAGGUACCUAAGUAACGAUGGAACAGUGGGACAUUUGUGCCUUCUGACAUGUACACAAGCCGAAAGAAUCACCUCAGGACAUCAUCACUGCGAGGCUAAAGAAAUUUCACCUUGCCCUCUCGCGAGCCGGGGGGAGGGUGACGACUCCUAUUGUAACGCGGCGUCUUCGACUGUUCCGGCGACAGCAAGUGACCGACGGAGAACUCAGAACUUUACAUAAACCGAUCUUCGUGUAAAUGAAGUAAAACGAACAAAAAACUUGUGCUGAACCACCGGGCGAUAAGUGGAUUCUCAUUCAAGUAAAAGAACUUUUAGUGUUUAUGUAAUUGAAGACUUCCUCCGUGAUAUAACAGAAAGUCACUUACAGACUUUACUUUAGUUAAGUGCAGUCCAGUGAGGACAAAUAAUGAAGGUGCUCUUACCUGUAGAUGUUUACUGACAGACAAAUUAUAGUUGCUGUUGCUUAGUCGACCAAGGAGACGUUCCGUAGGUGCAUUUUAAACGAGGCAUGCGCUUAAUAGGACCAUAUUCUGAAACAUAAUUUGACGGUGCCAUCCGCAAGGGACGAAAUAAACCGGGACAUUCCAUUCAAGUUGACUAAACCCAUCGAGGUGAUUUUUUUGAGUUAUUCUCCUCAUAAUUAUUGACGUAUGAUGAGGCUAGAGACCACCAUACAACCAGAUCAAAAGAUGUUUCAGAAUGUGGCGCUGCUUAGUGCUUCUCGGCGCCGAAUGGUUAUCAUUCAUCGCCUUCAAAAGACAAAAAACUCGCUCAAGAUUUUCAAGUCAUAAUAAUUUUGAACUUUUGUUAAUUUUUUUUUUCAUAUAGAUUGCCCAAUUUUUUUUUUUGUUUUCGUUGUACAACCGUUCACACAAAAUGUACAUUGCAAGGAAUACCUCAACAGGUUAGUUGUUUUUUGCUGAUUAAAUGCAUUGCAACUUAUAUUUUUAGAAAUGCAAAAAGCUAAAGCUAACAAUGAAUGACACGUGCUGUAGAGUUUAGCUUGGAGCCCUCGGUAGCUUUGCAAGGGAGAGGAGAGUGGCUUGCCAGAGCCGUGACUAUCUGCGCAGACCACGCGUUUCCCUUACAAAACAAACCUGUGUUAACCCAAAGAUUAUUAAUAAGGCAAACUUUAGUCAUUUUGAUGGUAGAGGCAUAUAGAUGGUUCAGUAUUUAUUUGUGUAUGACUUUGUGCAGCCUGUGUUGUAAUUAAAAGGGUAGUCUGUAAAAUGUACAUAUUUUAUUGUUAAUUUUGUUUACAGCUUUCCCCGAAAUACAGAGGGAAAACGUUCGAGUCACUUCUGUUUUUUUUUUUCUUUAUUUUUUGUUGAGUGUGUCAGCAAAUUGUUUCUUGUUUUCAUUGUAGUCACUCACCUCCAGCAAUCACUAACAAGGCCAUUUAUGGAUGAUAGUUACCUAAUCAAACCAUUUUUGUAUUAUUUGGAAUCUAUCUGCAGUCCUCUAUAACAUCAAGUUUUGUAUCGAGAGCUUUAAUUUCUUUCAGUGUUGUGCAUAAUCGAAAUUGGUUACAAAAACAAACAUCAUUUUCAAGUUACAGUUACAUUUAGUGUUGGCACGUUCCAUGCACCACCGCACCGUAACUGUACCGUGAUCACUGCCAUGUACCAACAUUCCCCAUCUAUCGUCCAGCCUUUUGGUCUCCUCCGCUUCAUCAUUAUAUUCUCAUUUCCCAUUGAUUAUCACCUGUACGCUGCAUUCUAAGCCGCUGUCAUCCUCCAGUGUGUUUAUAGACCUGUUUUAUACGUUUUUGUACAUAGACAAAUUAUAAAUUGAAAUUCUGAAAUGAAUGAUGUUUUAUAUUCUAUUUUAGUGAAAGAAUACCCGGUGGUUUGUUCGGGAAUAGCACCGGGUCUCUCGGUCGGUGGAACGGUAGCACAUGUGAGACAACAAAGUACAUGCACAAACACAUGUACAAUUUAGCGCAUGUACUGAAUCCCUGACUUUCCCAGAGACUCGGAGGUUGCUAGACUGAGCAUACGAGGGGCUGCAGGGUCGGGUGCGAGCAAUAAAUAUAUAUAUAAUAAAUAAAAGGUUUUCGAGGUUUCAUGAAAACUACAAAGUGAAAAUUAUUUUGUUUGUUUAUAAUAUUAAUUUCUAUUGGGAUGGCUUGUAAUACACAACACACCAUAUUGUAAAUAUUAUAACACCAUAAUAAAGAGAGGAAAGAUA